UUCGCCCAGGCUAACGGGGCCUUCCUUAUUCAGGGGGGAGAGUGGAGCCUCGAGAAGCACUGUUGAGAGGAAGAUCCUUGGCCCCUCUUCAUUCUCUACAGGGUUCCAAACCUUUCUUCAACAUAGGUGACAACGAGCGGGGCAGAGAUGGAAGAGAUCGAACACGGGAAUAAGAAGCAAGCUCGCCUUCCUUUUUUAUCAUUUUGAUAGAGGGGGAUGGAGAAAGUGGACAAAACAGACUCGCAUUUCCCAGUCGAGGGUUCCUUUUUCGUCUCGCAUUUCUGGAAAAGAAGAAUAUUGAAAACGCUCCUAACCCAACCCCUUCCUUCGUAGAGCCGUGUAUUGUAAGUGAUCCGAACCUGCCCGGAGUGAGCCCCCCAUAGAGGCAAGUGAAGUUGGUGAGCCGUAUGAUGGGCAACUAUCUCCUGCGGUUCGGAGAGGACUCAGCUGUUAGUUAGUACCCCCUUGGAUUCGGGGUGGACCCUUUCACUCUAUUUUAUUAUAUACGCUUCGCGAAAAGAAUGUUUUUUGAUACACCUAGGACAUGGAUUCUAUAUGAACCAAUGGAUCGUGACAAGUCGUUACUACUAGCAAUGACUUCCUCUUUCAUUACUUCAUCCUUUCUAUAUCCCUCUCCCUUGUUCUCAGUUACUCAUCAAAUGGCACUCAGUUCAUAUCUUUAAGUUCGAUCAUUGACAAGGUUCAAAGAAAGGGUGGGCCAUUGAUAAAGAAUCGAUUCCAAACCACAAUGCUAGCAGAUGGCGGGCCUCCGCUUUUCUUUUCAUUAAUGAAACCUGCCAGUUAUUAUGUCAAAAGGACAAAAAAUGUUGGCCUGUUCAAAAGAAAAAAAAAAAAAAGACGUGGGUGGCAUUAUGACUGGGGUGUCAGUUAGAAAGGUUAUUACAAUCUUCGUUCAAUCAAGCAGCAUUCUUCUUUUUUUUGACUUUUGGAGAGGGAGGAGGGCUUUCUAAGAAGGGCUUGGGACCUAUGAACGGCAACAAACAUGAUGAAAUGAAGAAGAAUGAACGGGAGGCGUCGGAAGAUGACGAACUACUUACUUUUGUUUGGUUAACUACUUUAUUGACUUGGGGUUCUUUCUCGUAAGUGGUACACCUACACCCUGCACGCACACUCACUAUAUCGAUAUACGUUUACGUUGAUAGCCUUUCGCAAAAAGCCCCUCUCUCUCUACUAAAUACAGUUGUUUCAGGCCGAACAAUAGCAAGGCCCGGAUCCAGCUGAAAAACGGAAUGGAAUACUCUAAGAUGCUUCAUAGCUCCGCCCCCCUUACUCACCUCUGAAUCUAUAAAAAAAGCCCUUUCCCCUUUGAAUAAUAAUAAGGUAAGCUUGUUUGCCUGACCAGAAAGACAGCAAAUUAUCCUUUAGGUGCUUCGUAUUCUUCCCGUCUAGCUAGCUGGCUCAAAGGGAGAGGCCCGCGAAAGCUUAGUAAGCUCAACCAAUAGAAAGAGGAAAGCCGGAGAGAGAAGAACCUGUGCUUGAUGGGCUCGAACGAAAGCCUUAACAACUGGUAACCCGGGGAACUCAUUCUUUUGCUUGCAUCCUGCGAAGGCAUCACCGAUCUUUAAGCUCCCAGCUCCGUACGCUUAGUAGGGCUCAACGGAAACAAUUGGUCUGUCUGCAGGCGGCUCGAAGACAAGAAAUGGAAGAGAAGACCAUCGCUGGAGGCAAUCAAUAUUGUCCUAAAAAGAGAUCCUCUUGAUGAAUGUUUGAUAAAGACUCACUUUUUGUAUAAGGAAAUAGCGGGCUGGAAAACUAGUCAACAGUUAAGCGCAGAAGAAUGGUAAGGCGUACUGAGUUCUUGAUUUAUCGAUUUGGUUUUUGAGAUGCCUUGCAUCGAGCUGAAGUGCUGCUUGUUGGCCUGCGAUGAAAGCUUCAUACUCGGUCACAUUGUUUGUGGUAGGAAAUGCCAACUGAGUUGCUUU